AAUUGACUGCAACCUGUCCCCUUAUUAUAAUAAUUACGGCUAGUCACUACUCACUACUCAUGCUGCUGCAAACAGAAUUUUGCUUUAUGUUAAAGAUACUCCACUUAGUGACACACAGACGCACUCAUCCAUUUAACUAAAUUCUGCUUCUACUUAAUCAACUUAUAUCCGUAAAUAUGAUUAUAUAUGAUAUCUGCAUUUGUCUCUUGAAAGCUUAAAAUUAAUUGAGAAACUAAUCAACGAAGCUCCAGUCCAUUCAUCUUUCUUUCUGCCAUCUCACAUGAUCGAAGUUCUUUACUAUCUCCUUGCCCAGAGGACGCAUAUGCUUAGCCUGGCAAGUUCAGCACUAUAUGCACAGCGAGAAACACAAACAGGUGUUGUACUAAUCAAACUAAUAGGAAUUCGUGUUGGGUCUGAUCUCAAUUUGGAGUGAACCUCUCCCUAUUAAUGCUGUUGCAUUCCAGAGGCUAGAACAAGGGACUUCUUGUUAAGAAAUAACAGUUUCCUUACCAGCUGAUCCGACAUGGAACAACAGGAAUACAGGAGUAUAUAUUGUUAUGUAAGCUCAAAGCCCAGAAAAGUGAGGGACUCUGUGUUUAUUUGGAGUAGUAUAUUGAUGAGGGUUCUGUUUUGCAAAAUUCAAUGCCCAUUCAUAUGUUUCUGCAAACCUUCGUCCCAUAUAUACACACCUGGGCCUCUCAGAUUGGAAAAUACUCCACCAACACCAGUACAAACACAGACACUUCGUAUUUCUGAAGAUGAUGCAGAAGCAGAAGCAGCAGCAGGGGACAAGGACAACAGACCCCAUAAGCAGAGAGUAAUUGUCCAUGAAACUGAUGAUGGCUAUCUCAUUGCCAACCACCACCAAAAUUCUGGCAGUCUUCAGAGCUGCCUCAGAAAGUCACCCCUGAAGUCAGAGCCUGGAACUGCAAGUGCCCAAAAGAAGAAAGUUCAAUGGCUGGAUUUCUUUGGCAAGGAGCUUGCUCAGAUCAGAGAAUUUAAGUCCAGUGAAGCAGAAGAUAUGGAUUAUGAAGGUGUAAAGGGAAGAGGCUGUAUCUGUAGUAUAUUAUGAGAAGCACUUUUGGCAAAUUCCUUGAGCAUACCACACAAAAGAAGCACUUUUGGCAAAGGAAGUAUCUCUUCUAAAGAGGAAUAUAUGUAGGAGGAUUUUCUUUUUUCUUUUUGAAGAAGGGGCAGGGAGGAAAAUAACUUUUGUAUAUGGAACAUGUUUGAUCAAACAGUGCAAGCCUAAUAGCUGCAUUGAAAAGUAUUGCUUUAAAUGGUUGUUCUACUUCUUGUUAAAUAUUCCAAAGAGAGAUUUAAUGGCA